AUGAGCGAGAACAGUAGUGCCGAUCAGGUUAAGCCUGAAAACGUGAAUGCUUCUCCGAAAACAGCUCAAGGAUCUGAUGCAGGUACCGCCCCAGCCGCGACAGCUGUUGGUGAAAGACAAUUGUCCAACAAGGAAUUGAAGGAGUUGAAGAAAAAAGAAAAAGCCGCCAAGAGAGCUGCUCAAAAGCAAGCCAAUGGUAUUUCCAUUGAGCAACAAAAACAACAAGCAGAGGCUAAGAAACAGAAGAAACAGCAACAAAGAGAAAAGCAGCAGAAAGAACAACAAAAGAAGCAAAAGAAGAGUGAUCCAAGUGCUAAGCCUAAGAGAUCGGUAAAGAAAACUACCUUGUUUGGCCAUUUAGAAACUACUGAGGAGAGAAGAGCUACGAUUUUGGCUAUUACUAGUGCCAUCAGUUCACCUAAAGCCUCUAGAAUCACAGCUGCUGGUCUUAUGGUUCCUGCUGUUGCAAGCUCUUUAGCUAUUGCAAAUGAGGAAUCUGCAGAAGGUAGUGCUGGAAGUUUAUCAACAGUGCAACAACCACAAUCAGCAGCAACAACAACCACUUCUGGAACCUCAGAACAGAAUGCUAUUGAUCUAGCGAAAUCGUUGGCUAACAUUUCUCUUGAUUACGAAAAGAACUCCGUGGUACCAGGUAUCUCUUCAGUUAUUCCAGAAGCUAUGGAACAAACUUUAGAAGGUCCAUCAAUUCUAGCCUCUGUUAAGGAAUUAUUACUAAACAAGGACAUGCUUCAUCCAGCUAUUUCCCUGUUGACAUCAAAUUUGGCUAGCUACAAAAUCGUGGGUUCGAUACCAAGAUGUAUUGCCAUGCUAGAGGCAUUUCAGAUUGUCAUUAAUGACUAUGAAACUCCAGAAGGCACUACGCUAUCACGUAACUUAACCAGUUAUUUAUCCCAUCAAAUAGACAUCCUAAAGAAAGCGAGACCUUUAAGUGUUACAAUGGGUAAUGCAAUUAGAUGGCUGAAACAAGAGAUAUCAUUGAUUGAUCCAUCAACACCAGACCAAGAGGCCAAAAAGGACCUUUGUGAAAAGAUUGGCCAAUUUGCAAGAGAAAAAAUCGAGCUCGCUGAUCAAUUAAUUAUAGAUAAUGCAUCUAAUCAUAUUGAAAAUUCAACCAGAAUUGUUACAUAUGGUUCAUCUAAAGUUUUAACUGAACUUCUUCUCCACAAUGCAGUUACACUAGAAAAGAAUAUCGAAGUAAUUGUUGUAGAUUCUAGACCAUUGUUUGAAGGACGUAAGAUGGCCAAGCUAUUGAGAAGCAAAGGUGUAAAUGUUAGAUACUGUUUAAUUACAAGUUUAGACACUGCAUUCAAUAUGGAUGUUGACUAUGUUUUCUUAGGGGCUCAUUCCAUUUUGUCUAACGGUUUCCUAUAUUCCAGGGCUGGUACAGCUAUGAUUGCCAUGUCUGCUAAAAGAAGAAAUAUCCCAGUUUUAGUAUGCUGUGAAAGUUUGAAAUUCUCCCAACGUGUCCAAUUGGAUUCUGUUACAUAUAAUGAAUUAGCCGAUCCAAAUGACUUAGUACCAAUAGAUUAUGACAAUCCAGUUGAGAGACGUAGCAACCAGGGAACUUUGUUGAAACAAUUUGUUAAGGAAAGAAAUGCUGAAAAAGCCAGAUUAGAGUUGGAGCAGAAAAACAAAGGUGCCAAACAGAAACAACAGAGUGGUGGUGCCAGUAAAGGUCAAAAUAGUGGUAAACCGGAGCAAUUAAGUGAACAAUCUUCAAAUGACAAAGAUGUGCUACAUAACUGGCAAGAUCUUCAAUCAUUGAAUAUUGUUAAUAUUCUGUAUGAUCUAACACCUCCUGAAUAUAUUAAAAAGGUUAUCACAGAAUUUGGUGCUCUACCACCUUCAUCUGUUCCUGUCAUUCUAAGAGAAUACAAAGCCUGA